AUGCAGGCCACCGAGUCCGACUAUCCAACCCCGCCUGAACUCCACGUCGCUGCGUGGAAUGCGCUCAGCCAGGAAGCGACAGACAUCACACCGCGUCUCAUUGUGCAUAUCGAUCGUGCAUCGCAGCAGACGCAGUCGUUACCGAAGCGGGCAGUAGGACAGCGCAACGACUUCUAUCGCAGAGCUUGCUGGGCUCCUGAUGGUUCGGCACUCUUGGCGGUAACAGAAUCACAGCAGACGCACACAUAUCGCUGUCAGCGUUCUUGCGCUUCAGAUGCAAGCGUCCAUGGUGACCUUCUCGAGCUGCAAAUGAAGCGUAAGGGCCCUUCGCCGCUGCUCGAUGCCAUCUGGUAUCCCGUACCUGCUGUACAACAUCUGACAGACAAUGAUCAAAUCCAUGUGCCAACUUUGACGUCGGAGCCGAUAUGGUGCUUCGCCGAGUCGCAUCGAGACCUUCCCAUCAGGCUCACUGCAAGCCAUGACGGUCGCUGUCGCGCGAGCUACUCGAUCAUGAAUCACGUCGAGAAGUUCGUCGGUCCUCACUCGCUCGUCUUCAGCCCCGAUCUCUCGCGUAUCUAUUGUGGACUUGAUUCGGCCCUUGCCGUGUUUCCUCUUUCACUGCCUGGUCUCAAUACACAUGCUUUUAUUCCGCUCAUCCAGGCUAAACGUUCUGCAGGAGGACAAAGGGGCAUUGUCUCGGCGCUAGCAGCUGCUGCUGAUCCGAGUCAACCAACACAAGAGCUCGUCGCUGUCGGCACCUUCAGUGGAACGGUCGCCAUUUACAGCUUCAAUCCAGCAGAGUUUCCCGAGCCGGUGGAACACAAUGCGGUACAUGUGUCAACCAGUGAUGGCCAGCAGUGCCUUGCUCAGAGGUCGUGCCUAGCAGGAUGGCGAGAGAUCGAAGGCGAGGGCCUUACGCAGCUCAGGUUCCAUCCGCUGACGCCAUACGUGCUCUUUGUUGCCUCGCGGCGUUCAGACUACAUCUACGUCUAUGACAUUCGCUACUUGAUGGGAGACACGUUGAGAUGGAAUUUUCGACCACUGGCGCAAGCAUCCGGUGGCGUGCGGACGGGUCCACUGCUGGCCAAGUUGCGGCGACCAGGCGCUGCAAGUCAUCAACGCCUCCACUUUGAUGUUGAUUGGGCCGGACGGUGGCUCGUCACGGGUGAUGAGAUGGGCAUGAUUCAUCUGUGGCGCAUCGAUGUCGGUCGCUUUGUGGAUCAAGCUGACGUUGACAAGAUGGACAAUAGUCAAGGUAUUGAGCUGAUGCCGGAUCUCAGCUGGAAGGCGCAUCAAGAUUCGGUCGGGUCCGUCGCAUUGCAUCCACACGAGCCAUGGCUUGCAUCUGUCUCUGGGUCGCGGCACUGGCCUGAUGCGGAUAGUGCGCAUAGCAGUGAAUCAGGAUCGGAAAGCGACAAAAGCUCGGAUCGCGGAGGGGCUGGCAGCUCACGGCGAGCUUGGACGACCAAGGAGGACUCGCUGAAAGUGUGGGACUUUUCCGAGCCUUGGAGACGUUGCGCAGGGUAA